AUGUUGAAGGCUGCAGUUAUCAGCUGCACACUGCUGCUGUGUCUGUUUUCCCUGGGCACGGCUCAGGUCAGCCUCGGGACAUGCGGCGACGAAGAUUCCCUCGUAACAUGCUCCUUCUUUUUCCAAAGAGUCAACACGGCUUUUAGACAGGAGAGCGUAUUGUACACGCUUCGCAAAGCGUUCUUCCCUACCGAGGGUAGCCCUCCGUUCCUCUUUGACGUACAGAUGACCCUCAACGUCGAGUCGGUCCCUAAUAUCGCCUGCAAAAGCGAAGAGUAUCCGUUUCGCGGGAGACCGGUUACUUCUCCGCCGACAAUGAUGGAAGUGUGCGAACACUCUGUCUACAAUUGCAGUGGGAUACCGCAGCCUUGGAGCUGGACGCACCAGUGGAGCAAGACCAUCGUUUCGUACAUCAUCCAGCGAGAAGACCUGGAGCUGCUGCAGAACACAAACUUCGCCGCGCACGCAGCCGCCACUUUCAACAACUUCGACACGAGCGUGUUUAGCAACGAUGACCUGGGGCUAGAGGAGCAGAACGCUACCGACGACGACGACGACGACGACGACGCCAACGCGAGCGUCGGUGCGACGAGGGACGAGGCGGUUGAGUUCCAGUUAACUAUCCCCUACCUGCCGUGUAUACCGGACGAAAGAGUGAUGCGGGAUGCUUGGGAGGACAUUUUGCCCUGGUUGCAGCUCUAUGCCCAAAACUCGGACAACCUGGAGUUGCAGGACGUGGAGUACACUCAGGAGGCGAGAGGGUUUGCAUUUCGCGAGGGGAGGGUUCGUAACGGUGGACUAACUGUACCCAUGCUGGCCGUCAUACACAUCCUCAUAAACAUAGUCUUUGCCCUGGCUGCCACUUACUUUCUGCACAAGUACCACGGCCACCUGAACCAAGUGAAGGGGAAACAGUACCAGCUAGUGGCCAGCAUGUACUGGUCCGUGGUGAUCAUGUGCCUCAUUGGAGCCAUUGUCAUCAUUGCGGGCAACGGCUGGCUUUACUACGCCCUCAUUUUCAUAGAAGACCAAUCCCUCUCAGUGUUUGGAUUUCGGAUAGCAAGCGACAUAACUGUGGCAAUACUAGCAGUGGUGGAGCUGUUGGCGUCGAUGCUAACACCCCACGAUCCAAAGUUCUUUAUCCCCCACCUCAUUCGUCGCACGCUCUGCUUGAACCAGUGCUGCCAUUGCUGCGGGUCGGAGACUCGACUCAAUUUUCUGCGUCGUGCCAUCCUCGGAGUGGCCAUGUGGAUCAUACUUGUUUUCCUCCAGCUUGUUAUUGCAUCGCUCCUCCCCCUAGCGGUCGUUGUGUUUGUUAAUCCCGUACCUUCCCUUGCGUUCAUCUCCAUCAUGAUUGCACUCUUUUGCUGUCUAGUGAUCUUCAUCGCCUACUUAGUGAAUGCCUUUGAGGGAAACUACAUUGCCAGACACAGGCUCCCUCUCGACCAAAGACGCAACUCAAGCUUGACCUGGGCGAUGAUGAAGGCAGACUGGAACGUAGCUGGAAACUGGACCAGGGAGAAACUGAUUCUGGUAGCCCAGGCCUUUGUCUUCCUCGUCAUCUUUGUCAUUGUUGCUAUGAUCAUCAUUCUCUACCUCAACUUUGUGAGGGCCGGUGCCAACACAAAUACCGUCGGAGGUCUCCUCAUCUCUCUCGUCCCGUCAGUCGUUCUUGGCGGCAUCACUUGGGCUGCCAAGAAGCACCUCUUCAAGGAGCUCGAGGAGGAAAUCGAGGCAGAGAAGGAGGAGAAUGGAGAGACGGAGGAAACAGAAGACAACCCGGUUUUUCAAAUCGGGGGUUUCUCGUUUCAACAGGGUCGACGUCGAUCAACUAAGAGAAGGAAAAACACAGUGAAGGAAAAUGGACAUACGUUGGCCACUUCUAAUCUUAUAAAUGAAGAAGCUAGCAUCGAUGGAGGGAACGAUAUCAAACGUAAUUCAACUGCAAUCGAGAUAUACCUGGCUCAAGAUGGAGACGCAGAAACCAAGGAUGAUAAGAAGGGUUCCGAUUUGGAGACAGAUGAGAAGACGGAAGAGAAAGGUUUCAGUGAUGAGAAGACGGAAGAAAAAGAUCUCAAUGGGGGUGAGGAGAAAGGUGCAGCAGGCAGCGGUGAGAUGGAGGUGCAGGAGAAAGUGUGGAAAGAAGAACUGGCUAAAAGUGUGUCUAUUGACAUGCCAGAGUUCACUCUGAGGAAUCUUGAUGUCGAUAACACAUCAAUGGUUCACUUGAGGACGUGUGGCGACGAAGACUCGGUCGUAACCUGCUCCUUCUUCUUCGGAAAAGUCAACGAAGCCUUUCGACAGGGAAAUGUCUUGUAUACGCUUCGCAAGGCGUUCUUCCCGUCCGAGGGUAACAUUCCGCCUCUCUUCAUGGUGGCGAUGACUCUUGACGUGGAAAAUGUCACCAGGAUCGCCUGCAAGGAUGAAAACUACGAGUUUGGUAACAGUUCCGUAGACUCUCCGCCGAGCAUGGACGAGGUGUGCAGUAUUUACGACUGCGGCCCGCUGACACUCGGCUGGAGACAUCAGUGGAGCAAGACCGUCAUUUCCUACAUCAUCAAGCGUGAAGAUCUGGACCUACUGCAGAACACCAGUUUCAACGCCUUCGCUGCAGCCGCUUUCAGCACUUUUGAUGCCGUCCUAGACAACUUGGGACAGCUGCAAGACAACGGUACCAACAUGAGCAGCCUCGGCGCGGCGAGAGACGACACGGUCCAGUUGCAUCUUAUCAUCCCAGAGCUGCCUUGUCGACCGGAUAAUGGUGUAUUGCUGGACGCCUGGGAGGACAUAUUGCCCUGGUUGCAGCUCUAUGCCCAGAACUCAGACAACCUGGAGUUGGAGGAUGUUGAGUACUCUCACGAAGACAGAGGGUUUGCACUCCGCGAGGAGAGAGGAGGCAAUCGCAGUCGGCUAACCUUGUCCUUACUGACAGUCGUAAACAUCCUUAUGAACAUCGUCUUUGCUCUGGCGGCCACGUACUUUCUCCACAAGUACCACAGCUACCUAGGUGAACUGCGGUAUGGAAAGAAGUACCAGCUAGUGGCCACUGUCGUUACUAUCGUAAACCCCGUACCUUCCCUUGCGUUUGUGGUCAUAAUGAUCUCACUCUUCUUCUGUCUGGUGGUCUUUGUAGCCUAUAUUCUGAACGCCUUCGAAGGCAACUACAUCCUAAAGCACAGGUUCAGUCAAAUGGAGAGAAACAAAGGUGGUGGUACCCAGUGGGAAAAAUUCAACCAGGAAUGGAGUGUGGAACCAAGGGAAAGGGUGAUUCUGUUUGUUCAGGCCAUCGGAUUCUUUCUGAUCUUUGUAAUAUUUUUCGUGGGUGUGAUACUCUACCUGAACUUUGUGAAGGUUGGCGGGGACACUAACACCCUAAGUGGCAUUCUCAUCUCCUUUGUUCCGUCGGCUAUCCUUGCUGCCAUCACUUGGGCUGCUAAGAAACACCUCUUUAAGGAGCUCGAGGAAGAGGAGGAGGAGGCAGAAGACAAGGAAGAGGAAAAUGGAGACAGGGAGGGAGGCAAGGAAAAACCCAUUUUUCAAAUUGGGGGUUUCUCGUUUCAACCACGUCGCCGCCGUCGAUCGACAUCGACCAAGACGAAAAGAAAGAAAACGGUAACUGGAGAUGAUCAUGCCCCAGCCUCCGUCCAUCCAGUUGAUGAAGAAGGGAGCGUCAGUGCAGAGAAUGCGAGCAGGGGCAUGGCCGCGAAGAGCCUCGGAUACCAGGGGAUCCUGAGCGCCCGGAAUAGGGCCGCCGUGAGAGCGAGACUAAAGCCGGCGACGGCUAGUGUCCCCCAGAACGAAAAGCACGCGGCCGUACUAGUACCGCUCCAUCUCCACCAUGGCAAACCGUCCGUCCUGUUCACGGUGAGGUCCGGCCAACUCACCAGGCACAGAAACCAAGUCAGUUUCCCGGGAGGGAUGUCGGAUGAGGGUGACCAACACGUGGCGGCCACAGCUCUGAGAGAGACGGAAGAGGAGCUGGGCAUACCCGCCUCUCAGAUCGACGUGUGGGGUGCUCUGCCGUCAAUGCCUGACAGGAUCCUGCCAACCACCGACACACAAAGUUCCGACGACCCAAUCAGAUUCUAUUUCCCAGUCUUUCUCGGUGGCACCAAUAGAGUGUGGGGUAUAACUGGGUUCAUCCUGGACACAGCCCUGACCAAGAUCCUGCCUCCAGAGUUGAACUACAGACCGCUCUCGUCUUUUGGUGCAGCCUGCGCUGCUCCCAGCUCUCCCUAG